UAAAGGUAUAUUUUCUUGCUUAUGUGAUAAUCUCUAUAUCAGGAGGGAAUUAACUUCAGUCUGAAAAGCAGUCAUUUUGUGGAUGUUGCAGCUUUUAGGUAGAGAUUCAUAAGAACUUAGUGUUUUUCUUCCUUAGUAAACAUGGACUGUUUGUAGCUGUGCUGUCAGCUGCUGUUUGGUGGCUGUUAAGCCAUGAGCUCAGAGUGUGUGAAGGUGGUGGUGCGGUGCAGGCCCCUGAAUGAAAGGGAGAAGGCUCUCAGCUCUAAGAUGGUGGUGUCUAUGGAUGUGCAGCGGUGCCAGUGCUUCAUUAAAAAGCCCGGAGCAGCGGAUGAGCCACCUAAACAGUUCACUUUUGAUGGGACCUACUUCAUUGAUCAGACUACCGAACAGCUGUACAACGAGAUUGCAUAUCCUCUGAUAGAGGGUGUUACUGAGGGAUACAAUGGCACUAUUUUUGCCUAUGGGCAAACUGGAAGCGGCAAGUCUUUCACCAUGCAGGGGGUGUCUGAGCCUGCAGCCCAGAGAGGUGUCAUACCACGAGCUUUUGAACACAUCUUUGAGAGCAUUCAGUGUGCUGAAGGCACAAAAUUCCUGGUGAGGGGCUCUUACCUGGAGAUUUACAAUGAAGACAUAAGAGAUCUGUUGGGAAGCGACACCAAACAGAGGCUUGAGCUGAAAGAGCACCCGGAGCGCGGGGUUUAUGUGCGGGACCUGACCACACACACACUGCACAGCGUAGGAGAGUGUGAAAGAAUCAUGGAGCAAGGCUGGAGGAAUCGUGCCGUAGGCUGCACGUUGAUGAACAAAGACUCCUCCCGGUCCCACUCCAUCUUCACCAUCCACUUGGAGAUCUGCAACACAGAUGCAGCCGGCAAGGACCAUAUACGAGCUGGAAAACUUAACCUAGUAGAUCUUGCAGGAAGUGAGCGUCAGUCUAAAACCGGUGCCACUGGAGAGCGACUCCGUGAAGCCACAAAGAUCAAUCUGUCCCUCUCAGCUCUGGGUAAUGUCAUCUCUGCCCUGGUCUACGGCCGCUCCAAAUACAUCCCCUACCGUGACUCCAAGCUGACAAGACUGCUGCAGGAUUCUCUGGGAGGAAACACACGCACCUUGAUGAUCGCCUGUCUCUCACCUGCUGAUAACAACUAUGAGGAGAGCCUGAGCACCCUGCGCUAUGCGAACCGGGCCAAGAGUAUUCAGAACAGACCUCGAAUCAACGAGGACCCCAAGGAUGCUCUGCUCAGGGAGUAUCAGGAGGAGAUCAAGAAGUUACGGGCCCUCAUCUCAGGCCAGCUGGGCACCUCUGACCUGUCAUCUCUUCUGUCUGGUCAGCCCACGAUUGCUCUUUCAAGGCUGCAGCCAAGCAAUAAUGAAGCAAAGAAGGAGAAGAUUAAAGAGGAGUACGAAGAAAAGCUGGCAAAGUUGCAGGCUGAGUACAAUGCUGAGCAGGAGUCCAAAGCAAAGCUGCAGGCAGACAUUGCUGCUCUGCAGCGUUCAUAUGAAUCAAAGUUGUCUAAUUUGGAGAGGGCCCAGACCAGCAGGGGGAGCUGUGACAAUAAGAAUGUGAGCUCCAGAUGUGUUGAUGAAGAUGGGGGUAGAAACCACAGCCUAAGUCCAUCUACUACUUCAAAAGAGCCUGAUGUGUCUUCUGCUGCAGUCGGCGUCUGGAAAGAUCCCAGAAGAAACGAGCUUGUGGAUUCAGCAGAUACUAACUCAAAAGAGUCUUUUGAUCAGAAACAUGUUCUGGAGAGGCUACAGAAACUGGAACAGGAGGUUAUAGGAGGAGAGCAGGCCAGAAACAACGAGUUACAACAGAGACAUCAGCAAAGGAAGAGGCUUGCUGAUGAGAGGAAGGUCCAGCUCAUCAACGCCUUAUCUGAGGACAGUGAGGAGAGUGAAAACGUGCUACUGAAUGUCUACAAUUCAAUCCAGGAGGAGGUUCAUGCCAAAAACCAGAAACUGACCAAAGUCCAGCGUAAGCUAAAAGCAGCUAAACUGGAGAUCAGCGAUUUGCAGGCAGAGUUUGAGCUGGAGAGGAAUGAUUAUUUGGCAAACAUUCGCCGAUUGGAGAGGGAAAGCCAGCUGCUGAACAGCCUGCUUGAGCGCAUGGUGCCACUGGUACGCAGAGACUGUAACUACAGCAACCUGGACCGCGUGAAGAAAGAAGCUGUUUGGGACGAGGAUAGCGCCUCCUGGAAGCUACCGGAUGUGAUGGUGCAGAAAACAACACUUCCUUCAGCAGUGGCUUCAAAGCCUUCCUCUGGCAGAGCUUCAGGUUCAGAUCAUUCAGAGUCAUUUAUGCAGGUUGAAGAGGACAGAUACAAGGAAAUGUUGGAUCGUAAAGACAGUGAGAAUAUGGCCAACAACUACUUUAAGUCAAAGAGAGCCAGUCUGCUGCUGGGCGCUGAUGCUGCUAAAGGACACGGCUACCGUUCUGUGAACGCUCCCAACAUGACCCCCCCUCCCAGAUCUGACCCCGUCCUGCCUCGGCCAUUUCGCCUGGAGUCUCUGGAGGUUUCGGUGUCCAAUGGGAAGACAAAGCGCAGGAAAAGCAAGCCUCACAUCCAUAGUGAAGGGCCAUGAAAGGGCAUGGUUAAAAAUCGACUUCCAACCUCACCCAACAAUCAUCAAAUGUGCAUGAAUGAUGAAUCAAAACAUUUAUUUCAGGCAGUCUAUUACAUUUUGUACAACGUUAUGUGAGAAUGUAGUUUAUUGUCAUUACUUAGAGGACUGAUUUGCUCGGGUAAAAUACUGUAGUGGUUUAUCUGCACAGUGUAGCAUGUGGAAUUUAGUUAAUAAUUAUUAAAAAAAACUAUUAAAAGAAGCUGUCAUUACAGAGACAUUGUCAACAAGGUGUUGGUAGCUUUUUUUUUUUUAAAUAUUUUAAUUUUUCAUGUCAGUAUGGACCAGAUUUUGGUCCUCUUUGACCUGAGAAAAUGUAUUGGCUGAACAUCAUGAUUUAAAAUCACCACAUCCCAGAGAUCAGAAUAGCUGUGGAAGCCAUUUAAGCUGAGAUUUUAUUAGAACUUUAAAGAAACUGGUCUGAGAAAAUCUCAACCUUGUGACGCAUCAUCCUGCUAGAGGUAGCCAUCUGAAGAUGUUUACUCUGUGGUCAUGAAGAAACAGUAACAAUGGUCGGGUAGCUGUGGUGUUUUAAUGAAGCCCAGUUUUUUAUUUAGGUACCAACUACAGUUAAUAUUUCCAGGGAAUAUCCAGGUUACAUUUUUGCUGGUGUCAAAUUGCAUCAAGCCUGUUUGAAUGUGGCCACAGGUUUCGCUAACAGGAGAGCUGCAACAUGUGGACCACUGCUGCUGAAGCUCAUCUGCCUCAAAGUUUCACAUGUUGUGUGUUCAGGAAUGGUAUUCCUUCAGCAUACUUUGGCUUUAGCGACUUGAGUUACUUUACCUUCUUAUCAUCUAUAAACAUCGGCGCUGUCUGUCUCUAGCUUUUGACUUCAAGAGCACAAUUUUCUCCAUAUGAUUGUUUAUUUCCAUUUUUACCAACAUUACGUUUGAAAGUCCCAGUAGGUUCCUCAGCGCUUAGACUGGAAUAACAUGUUCAAAGUGAUUGUAAUCUUCGAUUAUUUUUGUCCCGAUGUUCCAUUUAUCUA